AGUACACGCAUGCGCAAUUCGUAGUCUGAAAACGGUCGCAUGUGGAUGUUUUCAGCUCGACCCACGUGUUCUAACUGGCUGGAGCUAUUCGUACGAGCUUCUGAUUGUGUGCUGUUGUUGCGUAAAAUAUGGCAAAGACAGACGCUAUAAGGCGUCGAAAAAGACAAAGCAAAGUUGUCGCCAAUGAUGCUGUAGAAGAGGACAACAUUAACACUGAUUCUCAGAUGAACACGGUCAUUGAAGUCAAAGGAAGUAAGUCCACUGUAACUGUGUCCUGGGACAAGAAGAAUGAGGAAGGAGAGAUGGAUGAUCCAGAAAUGAGAACCAGUGCAAGCUGUCAUAUGAUGGACAUUGAAUCUCAGAUGGACACCGUGGCUGGAGAAACUGAAAAUACAUCCACAGAAACUGUAACCAGUGAGAAAAAGAAUGAGGAAGGAGAGAGCAAUGAUAUCAAAAAGGAAACCAACGGAGAGCAAAAGAUAAAAAGAAAAGAAAAGAAAGCAGUAAAUGGGAAACGGAAGACGCCCUCUACCGUUGAAAGCUCCCCAUCAAAGAAAGCUAAACUCAUCAAUGAUGGUUUUUGUCUUUUUGUUGGAAACCUGAACAACUCUAAAACAUUUGAAGAAGUCAAAGACGCAUUAGGGAAGUACUUCAUGGCGCAAAGUGUCCUGGUGCAAGACGUCAGAUUGGACCGGUCCAAAAAACAUGCAUACUUAGAUUUGGCCUCAGAGAUGGACUUGACCAAAGCCUUGACGCUACAUGGAGAAAUGGUACUGGAUAAACCAAUGAAAAUCGAGAGAGCGAAGAUCAAAAAUGCGGACAAGGUGAAAGCGAAGGUUCCAGCCGAGGACAAAAAAGCAGCCACAGAUGCCAGAUGUUUGUUUCUGAAGAACGUCCCAUACAAUGCAACAAAACAAGACAUUCUGAAAAUCUUCCACAAGGCUGUCGACGUCAGGUUUCCUGGUGGAACUGAGAGCCCAAAUAAAGGAAUUGCCUUUGUGGAGUUUAAAAAUAAAACCAUUGUCAGGAAAAUACAGCGGAAAAAACGCGUUCUCAAAAUCCAAGACCGGGUUUUGACUGUAGACUUCGUAGGAGAAGCAAAUCAGCUGAAAGUCACUAAAACUGAUGACGACAACACAGCUGCAGCUCCUCCCAAUAACACUUUAUUUGUGACCAAUUUGUCUUUCGGUGCGAAACAAAAAGACCUCAGGAAUGUUUUUCAGAAAGCUGUUAGUAUCACAAUACCUCAAAGCAAAGGCAAAUCAAGAGGAUUUGCAUUUGUGGAGUUUGCAAAUGUGGCAGAUGCUGAAAAGGCCUUGCAGUCAUCACAAAACAUGAAGAUCAGCAAAAGAGAGGUCAGAGUACAUUUCUACAAAAUGAAAGAGAUGUCACAGAAGGCAAAAGUGCUGACUAAAACACUGAUUGUGAGAGGCCUUGAUGAGAAGACAUCUGCAGAGACCCUUAAAAGUGCUUUUGAAGGGUCGCUUAGUGCAAGAGUCAUUGCAGAUAAAGAAACAGGAGUGUCAAAAAGGUUUGGUUUUGUGGACUUUGAAACUGAUGAAAACUGCAAAGCUGUCAAAGAAGCCAUGGAGGACUGUGAGAUAGAUGGCAGCAAAGUGACUGUGGCUUAUGCAAAAUCCAAGGACGAAAAUGCUUCCCCAAGAGCCAGAGAAAGCACCAAGCGACAUCCUGCUGGACAGCCUGCCGAUCAGAGGGCUGCCAGAGGUGGAAGAAGCAGCAGAGGAGGUAGAGGACGUGGAGCUGGCAAGUCACAGGAUGCUGUUAAACAAAUGGAAACUUAAGGCUAACUUUCCAGGGAAAUGUUAUCAUUCCGAAAUUUUAUUUACCUGGAAACAUGUAUCGGGUCAAGAUGCUUUGGAGUUUGGUUGAAUUUGCAGAAUGUACAGAAAAUUUGUACACUGUUAGUAGUCCUACCUGAUUGUAGGACAUGUGACACCUUUUAAUGUCAGCUUUUGUGUUUUGUGUACUUUAAAACAGUGGUUCUUAAACUUUUCCCCAUCAAGCACCCCUAAACUGGCACAAAUUGGACCAUGGACCCCAUUCGAUUAGAUUUUUUUUCUCGGGGGGUCCCCCUUCUGAUUAGAAUUUUACUUUUCACUGUUUUAUCACAAAAAAUGUAUGAAAUCUGUAACCAAAAUAUCCACGUGUUCUGUUGCUGUGUUGCUUAUGGAUGGAAUUGUAGAGAAAAUACUGUAUUCCCUUUUUUCCCCUGUGGACCCCGCUUUGAGAGCCACUGCUUUAAACCAUUAUUUCACCCAUGUGUAAUUUUCCAAUGUGAAGAUAAAUAUAUUUUAAAACCAAA